AUGUCCAAAGUACCCUUCAGGCCUGUGGCACUCAACUACCAAAGGAUCUUCAAGAACAAGGGCAGGAAGUUCACCCCAUCUCUAACCAUUGAAGCAGCACUGGAUACUAGUAAGCAAUGGAGUAAUGUUUUCAGCAUUCUGAGAGAGAAGGAUUAUGACCCUCAAUUACUGUGCCAAGUCAAAUUGGCAUUUAAAUGCGAUGGUGGAAUAAAAGAAUUUUCAGAUCUUCAAAGCCUCAGCAAAUUUAUUAGUCAAAAGUCUUCUUUGAAAGAGUUACUGAAAGAUGUACUCUCACAAAAUGAAACAAUAAAUCCAGGAGGAAGAAGAUACGGGAUUCAAGAAAAAGAGGAUGAAACUCAAAUAGGCUCAAAGCAUGGAGCUGGAGGAGCAGCCAGUGAUAGCUCGAGCUUUCCCUGGAGUAAAGAGGUGAAAACCACUGAGCCAGAAGAUGUGAAAAACAGAGAGAAUCUGGAGGAGUCUCCAGAGUGGAAGGAAAAAGAAGCCAGCCUGUUGGAGGAUGAAGAGGCUUCAGAGGUAGAGGAGGAUGAAGAGGUGUCAGGGGUGGAAGAAGAGGAGGGCUCAGGGCUGGAGGAGUGGGGGGAAGAGGCCUCAGAGUUAGAGGAGUGGGGAGAAGAGGCCUCAGGAUUGGAGGAAGAGGAGGAGGAAAGGGGUGAGACUUCGCUGUCAUGUGAGGACCGGGACUCACCUUUUCAGGGUCACUCUGUGGUACAUGCAAAGCGUGGAGUUGAGGAGAUAACCGGUGAUGGUGUGGACAUUAUUUUGGUUGAUGUAGAGGAGGAUUCUGAGCCAGAGGAGGAAGAAGAGGAAGGAAACGUCUCUGAGAUAGGAAAGGUAGGGGCUGCCAUCCAGGCUGAGAAGAGGGGGGGCUCAGGAGGACUUCAAGUUUCUUCUAGUUGUUUGGUUUCGGAAUCUAAGAAGGAAAAGUGGAGGAAGCCCCAGGUAGCAGACAAAACCCGUAAGGGCACCGCCUCAGGAGUCACCAAAAAUUUUAGGAAAACAGACGAUAAGAUUCAUAAAUUUCUGCCAACAGAAGAGCUAACAUCCCCAAAAGUAGACUUAAUACGGGAAACAGAAGAAAACUUUAGAAGAAGUGUGAUUAAUAGCAUCAGAGAGAUGCAGGAGGAGAUUAGAAGUAUUAAAGGUUGCCAUCCAGAAGUCUCCAACAUUAAAAAUUCCAUAGAUGAUCUGAACAGUGGGAUGGAUGUACUUGAAGAAAGAUUGAACAGUCUAGAAGAUCAAAUUGAGGAGUUCUCCCAGGAUACCAUACAAAUGACCAAACAGAUGAUAAGUAAAGAGAGGUUAAGAGAUAUAGAGGACAGAUCCAGAAGCUCUAACAUUCGCCUGAUAGGAAUUCCAGAAAAGAAUAACCACGAGAAUGCUGCCGAGGACAUAAUCAAGGAAAUAAUUGAUGAAAACUUCCCAGAGUUAAAGAAAGAGUCGACUCUUGAGAUUGUCAGUGCCUCCCGAAUACCCAGUAAGAUUGAUAAGAGGAAACCCACUCCUAGGCACAUCUUGGUAAAAUUUUGCAAUUCUAGCGAUAAAGAGAAAAUCUUAAGGGCUUCCAGAGAGAGGAAAGAAAUAACCUACCGCGAAACAAGAAUCAGAUUGACGGCAGAUUUAUCGCUGGACACCCUGGAUGCUAGAAGUAAAUGGAGUGCUGUCAUCAAAGUCCUGCAGGAGAAAGGCUUUAAACCUAGGAUUCUAUAUCCAGCCAAACUGGCGUUUGAUUUUCAGGGUAAGACAAAAACCUUUCUUGAUAUCGAAGAAUUUAGGAAGUCUAUUUCUUACAUACCCUGUUUGAAAGAAUUACUGGAGAACAUAGUUUAG